AUGAUUGUUGCUUGCAUCAUCCGCAAAAUAAAUUUCUACAGUGUCCCUAGUGGAUCCCAUGCUCGUGUUGGCAACAGGGGUCGAGGCGUCUAUGCGAACUUCAAGAUCGUUUUCAUGAGGACGGUUGAGAAGAAGCAAAAGGGUGCAAACCGCAUCAAGACAGGAACCUUUGCUGUCGUCAUCCCUAAGAAGGCGGCCAUCAAGCCUGAAAUUGCGAAGGCUAAGAGUGUAAAGGAGGAAGCCGUCGAUGCCACAGAACCCAGGAUUAUGAAGGCCAAUAAUUCAUCAGUCAGGAAGACGACAACUGGAUCUAGGAACUUUCAAAUAGGUAUCUUUAAUCGUAGACGCAAUCCCGACUGCUGGUCUUUCAUAGUACUUGUAAUCAAGGCACUUUGUAAACCUGUGGUGCCCUUUGACAAUGUGUGUUGCGUCAGGUUACCCGGAAGCAGCAGCAUCAACAAGGACGCGCAGGUGUUUUCUCCUCCCUGCACUAAGCUGCUGAACUUAGCAACAUGCACCUUCCCUAGUGUCGAUGAUGAGCGAGGUUAUGAUCGACAAUGCCUUGCUCGAGAUACUGGUAUCGGGAUAGACAUGACAUAG